AUGUUUGGGCUUGGAACGCUGUUUUACGCGGUUUUGUUUUUUGUUAAUGGUAUUGCUGUCUUGAGCGAGGAUAGAUUCCUUGCACGUAUAGGGUGGUCCUCAAAGAACACGAUUCAUGGAAAUACACAGGGAAUGGGUACACAAUAUGGAUAUGGUGAUUAUAAUAUGCAGGGAAAUACGAAUAUGGAGAAUGGUGAUGGGAUUAAAUCGAGAUUGAUUAAUUUGAUUAGUGCAACACGUACGCUAUUGCGUAUCCCUCUAAUCAUUGUUAAUGUUUUGGUGAUUCUAUACGAGCUGGUUUUGGGUUAG